AUGGCAAACCUUAAGGUUGCAUGCAUGGUUGCGGUUGUAUGCAUGAUUGUGGUGAGUUCACCGCUGGCACAUGCGAUUACGUGCACGGACGUCAUCAGAAGCCUGACUCCAUGCCUGGGCUACCUCAGGAGCGGCGGAAGCCCUCUGCCGGCAUGCUGCAGCGGAGUGAGGGGCCUGAACUCCGCCGCUAAGACCACCGCUGACCGCCAGACCACGUGCAACUGCCUGAAAUCCCUUGCCAAUAAUGGGUUAGGAAAGGGUCUCAACCCCAACAUUGCAGCUUUACUCCCAGGCAAAUGUGGCGUCAACAUCCCCUACAAGAUCAGCACCUCCACCAACUGUGCUACGUAUGCUUCAGUCACCACCACACACUCCACUACAUCUUUCCUUACACAUUUGCUUUCACUACAUCAAGUUCUGAAAGAUGGGUGUGGUAUGAGGAAGAAGAAGACACGCAGGGAAAUUUUCCAGUGGAAGAAUACUUACUAUAUAUGA